AUGGUAGCAAUUAAUUCCAUUGUACUUUUAGUAUUUAUUUUUAUCACAUCGACUCAAGCUGUUGGCGACUUUCAUAUCUACCAUUAUAGUGAAUUUUCAGUUCAAGCAUGUUCAGGAUAUCUUGGUAAAUUGGUUACUCUCUUCAACUCCACCACUGAUAAAGCUGGUUUCUGUAAUGUUAAGAAUCAACCUGCAUUGGGUACCAUGGCUGAAUGUAUUGAAUUGAUGCCACGUGAAGAUGCCAGAGCAGAAUUUUUGAAACUGUGUAAAAAAUAUAAUUUAACUGAAGAAGCUUAUUUGGCUGCUUUACAAAAUGCUACCGAGUUUGGAUUUUAUAAUACAAGUGCUGAUAAAGAUUUCAACAAAAAGAAAGUCUUCAACAAACCAAUUCUUUUAACAAAAAAGAAUGUCCAUAAAGCUUUUGAUGCAGUCUCCAGUAGAUAUAUCAAUUAUAAUUAUUCCCAAUGGUUUGGUAUUGCGUUAUUUUCCUAUUGGUUUGGUGUUAUGUUUAUUGCUGGUAUUUGCAAUUUGACAUAUUUUCUUUUCCCAGGCUUCAUCAAAUCACUUAAAGGUAAGGCUGUUAAUUCUUUUAGAAGAUAUAUCACUUUACCUGCAUUGUUCAGAAAGACUCAUGCUCAUCAUAGAACAGUGUUAAGAUACAUUUCUUUUGUUUUCCCAACAAGAUUAGAAGCUAUUUUGAUGUUUGGUUGGUUCACCAUGGCUGUUAUUAUGGUUUGUACAAACUAUGUUCGUGUUAAACCAAAUUAUAUCUGGCCACAAAGAUGGAAUGAAUUGGGAAGAAAGAUUGCUGAUAGAACUGGUCAAAUUUCUUUAUGGAUUAUUCCUCCUUUAGUUAUGUUUGCUGGUAGAAAUAAUAUGUUGCAAUGGAUUUCUGGUUGGCAAUAUUCUAGAUUUAUUUUCAUUCAUAAAUGGAUGAGUCGUAUUGUUACCUUGUUGGGAAUCACACAUUCUGUUGGUAUGACAUUCAAUGGACGUGGUAUUGGUAAAUAUCAUGAUCGUAAUACUAGAGGUUAUGUCAGAUGUGGGUAUGUGGCUAUUAUUUCCAUGGGUUUAAUGUGUUUCCAAGGUAUGAUGUAUUUCAGAAGAAGAAACUAUGAACUUUUCAUUGCCAUUCAUUUUGUUCUUGCUGCAAUUGCAGUCGCUUGUAUUUGGGUUCACACAGCUGAUAAUGGAUUCCAAAUGUGGAUGUUUGGUGCUGUUGGUGUUUGGGGAUUUGACCGUUUGAUAAGAGUAUGCAGAUUGUUCUUUUUUGGUAUCAAGACUGCUAAAGUGCAAUUGAUUGCAAAUGAAACUUUAAGGGUUUCUGUAUCUAGACCAAGUUGGUGGAAACCAUUUCCAGGGUGUCAUGCAUUUAUUUAUUUUAUGAGACCAUCUUGUUUCUGGCAAUCACAUCCAUUUACUAUUGUUGAUUCUGCUCUUGAAGCCAAUACUAUUACUUUUUACAUCAAAGUUAAAGGUGGUAUGACUCAUGGUUUAUACCAAUACUUGUCUCAACAACCUGGACAAGCUGCUCAAAUUAAGGUUUCUAUUGAAGGUCCAUAUGGUAUUAGAAUGCCAAUUGAUAGAUUUGAAAAUGAACUUUUCAUCGCUGGUGGUAAUGGUAUUCCAGGUAUUUAUUAUGAAGCUGUGGAAAUUGCUAGAAGAUUUGGAAGUAAACGUAAUAUUAAAUUCUACUGGGUUGUUCGUCAUUAUCGUUCAUUAGAAUGGUUCUAUCCGGAAUUACUCAAGUUGAAAGAAUUAAACAUCAACCCUACUAUUUAUGUUACUCAACCACAUGUGGGAUUAACUGAACCAAUAGCUACUGAUAUAACUGAUGAUGAAGAAGCUCAAGAACAAGAACAAGAAAAGAAAAGUGAUAAUGAAGAGAGCAUGGAUUAUGUUUUACAAUUGAAAAAGAGCUUGUCAUUCAUUGAAUUUAUUGAACAUAAACCGGAUUUCUAUCAAAUUGUUGCCAAAGAAAUUACUCAACUGCCAGGGCCUUUAGCUAUUGCUUCUUGUGCUCAUGGUAGUAUGGUUGAUGAUGUGAGAAAAUCCGUUGUUGAUAACUUGGAUGCUAGUCCUUACAGAGUUGAAUUGUUUGAACAAAUGCAAAGUUGGUAA